GUUAUACGAGAAAAUAUGAGAAAGGGCUUGGAUCCCAAGGGCAUCAAAGAAGAGACCGCAGAGAAGGACAACUUUCCCGAACUCCCUAGGAUAAAAACACCUAAAGGCUUAUGCAAGGACCGUUGCAAAACCCCGGAUUCUCCGGAGGGUGCCAGACAGGCCACCACCCCCCUCUCGCCCUCACAGUCCUCACCGCCAUUGAGAUGCGCCUCCUCACCGGUGAUCAAUAGCAACCCGGACAGUGUGACACCGCCUCCUACCAAUUUACCUUCGAAUACGGCACUGUCACUGGCACUGGACUCGACUAGUUCACGCACGUUCUCCGAUCUGCCCUAUGGAAGUUUCGGAGGUUACACGUGCGGACGGCAGCUUAGUAAAGUGAGGAGGUUCCUGGGGACUCUGGUGCAAUUCGGGAACGACAUCAGCGCCGAUGUCGGAGAGAGGGUUAAGAAUUUGGUGCUUAAUUUGGUGAGUUCCAGUCUAAACAUCGAAGAUUUCCAUCAUUCCUUGCAAGACGUGACGAAUUUUCCCCUGAGGCCGUUCGUGCUCCCCUUUUUAAAAGCCCACAUCCCGAUGCUCCAAAGGGAGAUCCACGCCCUGGCCAGACUAAAUAAACAACCGUCGUUGCAGUACGUGAGAACGCACGACCACGUCAUCCUGGAACCCACGCAUUCGCCCUCAGAACCCUCGGAGAUUUUUAUGCCCGUCAACGAGGGUCAUUUAACGAACGGAGUGAAGAGACGCUCGCCGGAAGGACCCUACGAGAACGGUCUGAACGGCUCCCAAUUGGAGGACUACCCUACAGCCAACAAGCGACCCUUCAUCUUCAACAACCACCAGCAGACCUUCUUGAACCCCACCAACACCCACGUGUUUGACUAUCAACCCCCCGGUCCCACCCCCAUCAAAAUGGAGGAGCACCCUCUGAACACCAAAGGGGACGAGGAGUGGAGGAACAUCCACGUGAUGCUCAACUGUAUCUUGUCCAUGGUGGAGAAGACUAAAAGGGCCUUGACGAUUCUGCAGCAGAGAAACGCCAGCACCCAACCGGAUCCGGCGACCGAUUGGCUACGUAAACAGGAUGUUAGCCAAGACCUGAAGAAGGUGGCGAACGAAAUUAUCAGUACGGCCAUAAGGGCUGCCGAGGAAAGGGUGGCUGAGGUGCGUAGAAGGGCAGAAGAAGCUGUCGUAGACGUGAAACGUCAAGCGGUCAUGGAACUACAGAGGGCUGUAGCUGCCGCGGAAGCUCGAGCAGGCGAGCUGUUGGCUGUAGAACGGGCUAGAGUGGAAAAGGCUCUAGGAGAGGCGAGGAAGCAGACUGACGAGUCUACCUCAGGAGAGUUUGCGGAGGGCGCUCAGUCCCCUUCUAGUCAACCGGCGCCCUCACAACAAAACGCUUGUUGGAACUGUGGAAGGAAAGCGAACGAUACGUGUUCGGGGUGCAGUUUGGCCCGGUAUUGUGGACCCUUUUGUCAACAUAAAGACUGGGAGAAUCAUCAUCAAGUAUGCAACAAGGAAAAAAGACCGACAUCACUAGCCCCAACCGUGCCCACCCAACUAACAGUCGUGGCGCCCCCGGUGGCAGACACCCGCACCAAAAAGUGACACCCACGUAAAAUGCGACGUAUUAGGAAAUCUUUUUAAUUUAUUUAUUACUAUUAUUAUUAUUUAUAAUAAACUGUAUUAAUAUUGUUA